AUGUUGGAAAAGGCUGAUGUUGUCCCAGUACCAAAAGUAACUCCCGUAUGUAAUCCAAUGAAAGACUUAAGGCCAAUCUCACUGACAUCUGUUUUGGCUAAACUUUUGGAAAAGCACCCAGUUCAACAUCUGAGAGAGUCCUGUCCGAAUGUGGAUCCUAGUCAAUUAGGUGCAACAAGGGGCAGUUCAACAACUCACGCUCUCCUAAAAAUACUUCAACCAAUUUAUAAGGCUUUGAAUGACAGCAACAAUUUUGCCAGACUUUUGUCAAUUGACUUCAGUAAAGCAUUCGACCACAUAUACCAUGAAAAGGACUGGGUAAAAAUUAAUGGUGGUGUUCCACAGGGAACUUUAAGGGACCCAGAGCUGUUUAUGCACAUGGUAGCAGAUCUCCAAACUGAAGUUCACAAUGUCAAGUUUGUAGAUGAUACAACCUUCAUCGAAAUCCUACGAAAAGAUGCUCACUCAAAGAUGACAUCUACUGUUAAAUCUACCUUGGAGUGGUCUUCUGAAAACCAGCUUGGUAUAAAUACCUUCAAAACAAAAGAAAUGAUUAUUUCAUUUGAAAGAGAACCAGAUAUUGAUAAACUGAACAUGAAUGGUACAGAAAUAGAGCGUGUGUCAGUGACUAAACUACUUGGAGUUGUAAUAAGUGAAAAUCUGAAAUGGGGACUACAUGUGAAAUACAUAUAA